GGGUACUCGCACAUCGGGUCCCUUCCUCUCCUCUCCUUCCCUCCCCCUUCCCCUGUACCCCCCUCCCCUCUGCGACCACUACUUUACGCAGACAGGAUGGCUGGCUACGGAUCCAAGCUGUACAAUGCGCUGUACAUGCCAUCGUAUGUACGAUGCGUGUGCUUCGCGUCGCUUGCAGCAUACGUCUAUGGAUUCGACACAGGAUCCAUAGGUCCCAUCACCGUCAUGACUGACUUUGAGGCGACAUUCGGGAAGCUUUCUGCGACUGUGCAGGGUCUCUUCGUCUCAUCCAUCCUCAUCCCCGCGGCGAUCAUCUCCUUCGGCUCAGGCUCCAUCGCGGACCGCAUCUCCCGCACGCAUGCAGUCUCGCUAGGCUGCGCCGUCUACGGCACCGGCUCUCUCAUCUCCCUCCUCGCUGGCCUCAGCAUGUCGCAAGCCUCGUCCCUCGCCAUGGUUUUCAUCGGCCGCUGCAUCUCGGGCGCGGGCGAGGGCAUCUUCCUCUCCGCGGUCACCGUCUACGGCAUCGAGGUCGCGCCGCAGGACCAGCGCGGGCGCGUCGGCUGCAUCAUGCAGCUCUUCAUCUGCAUUGGGAUCAUGACCGGGUACUUCGUGUGCUACGGGUCGCUCAACAUCGCGGGCUCGCUCUCGUGGCGCCUGCCGUGGAUCCUGCAGUGCAUGACGUGCAUCGUCACGGCCAUCGGCGUGCGCUUCCUGCCGCACUCGCCGCGGUGGCUGCUGCACGUUGGGCGCCGCGCGGAGGCGGAGGUCGCGAUUCAGCGCCUCGACCUGAGCAAGGAGGAGUUCGUGUCGAUGGCUAUGAGCGAGGAGGAUGAGGCUGCGCAUGCUGCUGCCGCUCAGGAGAAGGCGCAGCGGGGAGGGUGGAGGCAUCACGUCGAGCAGUUCAAGGAGGCCUUUGCGCCUGGUCUUCGCGGACGGACGAGCCUUGCGCUGUUCAUGCUUGCUGUCCAGCAGCUCGGUGGCAUCGACGGCGUUCUGUACUACUCGCCUGUCCUGUUCCAGCAGGCUGGUCUGUCGUCGCAGAGCGCGUCCUUCUUGGCAAGCGGUGUGACAGGUAUCGUGAAUGUCGUCUUCACUCUCGUUGGGCAGUCCAUCUCGGACAAGUGGGGACGUCGCACCGCGCUCAUCUGGGGUGGUAUUGUUAUGGCCACCGCGAUGACCACCAUCGGCAGCCUGUACUCCGUCCCCAGCCUCUCGCAAGCCGGCCACUACACCGUCAUCGCGUUCAUCUUCAUCUACUUUAUCGCCUUCAUCAUGACCUGGGCCAUCCUCAUGCGCAUCUGGGUCUCCGAGGCGCAGCCCGUCCAGACGCGCGCCUCCGUCUCCUCCCUCGCGCUCACGACGAACUGGGGCUGCAACUGGGUCGUCGCGUUCACGACGCCCAUGUUCCUCGACGCCUACCCGAACGGGCCGUACUUCCUCUGGGCGGCGUGCACGUGGGUCUCCGUCGGCGUCUUCCUGCUGUGGCUGCCGGAGACGAGGGGGCAGAACGUGGAUCUGGCGGGGCAGGAUAGUGGGUUGAAGCUGCAGGUGCAGAUCCCGGGGAUGCCGCGGAGGGAUACGGGUUUGUCGACGGCGCCGACGUUAGUGGAGAAGGAGGAUGAGACAAAGGAGAAGACCGACAAGGCUCGCACCGCCGAAAAGGUGGAGGAAGUUGUCUAACUCAACUCCCUGGCCACGACUAUUGUGGGUCCUCGAUUCGACUGCAGGACCUCGACACCACGACUAUCGCCGUCGACGACGCCAAUACGGCGUUCUCGACCCCACACGACGUACUUGACUACACGACUACGACUAUCAUCAUCACCAUCAACACGAACACAUACUAGACUUCGUUUCUUACAGGGUUGGAAUGUGGAGAUCCGUUCCAGGGUAUAUUUUGACGACAUUAGACUUGCCCAUAGACCAUAGACAUCACUGUAAACUAGAGUAGGUAGACAACAACACAACGCAUCGUCCACUGAGUGGACUCAAAUCGC